GUCACUGAUCAGCUGCUGCGAUUAUGCAUGCAACGCAUACGAGUAAUCGUGAGCCAGGGUACCUGGUUUGACUGUCCUGUGGCCCUAGCUAGCUAGCCCGGCCGCGCCCGCAUCUAAUCACCCGUCCGUGUGGUUGUUGACGUUGAGAAGCGACAGGAUCCAGCUAGUACCUGCCUUGAAAACUGACAAGCCAAGUAACAAAGAAGGAGGAAUAUUAUACAAUAUAGUGACAUCCGGAUCAAGCUAGAAGUUGUAUGAGGUACCGAGGCAUAUUGUCGUGAACAGUGUCUCGUAAAGAAGCAUGAAAGGCAUUCAACAGCCAAUUAAAGUACCAGGAAUUCUGCAGAAAACUGCCAAAAUGUUGUCAGUUCGCGGAGCUGGUGGAAGGUCAGGCACAUCCAGAGAAACGGUCUUCCCCGAUAAAUUAACCGGAGCUGAGAAUGAUGAAAUAUCUGCACCUGUGCGUUUUAAUUCCUGCUUCAGAAGGAAACAGCCACAAAAGAUGAUCGUCACAUCGGAAGAAAUAACUGCGUUUUUCCGGCUUUUUGAUGAUGAUGUUAUUCAAGAUUUUCUCUGGAUGGACUGCUGUGCCAAAACAGCAGACAAGUAUCUCUUGGCCAUGGUCUUUGCUUACUUCAAGAGAGCACAGUACACUAUCAAGCAAUAUACAAGAAUGAACUUCUUUGUAGCACUGUAUUUGGCAAGCGACAUGGAAGAAGAUGAAGAGGAUGACAAGUACAACAUUUUCCCGUGGGCACUGGGGAGAAACUGGAGAAAUACUUAUCCUGGCCUUCUUCGCAAGCGGGACAGGCUGCUAAGGACUAUCCAAUACAGAGCUGCAGUCAGUAGGAAGUGCUGUGAAGAGGUCAUGAGCUUGGUUCCAGACCACAUCAUCUGGAAGCGUGACCGUAUGCCACACCAUGCCGGAGCCGUCAGGAAGUACCCCGACUACGAUGAUGACAACGAGGCCAUACCCAUGGGUCCCGAUGCAACACCCGUCCAUUGCAGAGCGUGUGAGAAGGCAGGGAGCUUUUCCUUUGACGUUGACAUCCAGCAGAGUCCAGAUAGUGGCUUCCUUUACCUGUCGUCGUGCACAGAUAGCUCCACAGAAAGCGUUGAAGAAAUGGACAGCUCAUCAUAUUCUAAAUUGGAAGUGCUACCCACUAAAGGUCUUGGGGGCUUCAACUUUGAGGAAGCUUCCAUCUGGGCUGCCAGAGAUGAAUGACAUGGAUUACACCAAAUCAGUCAUCAGUCGGUGUAUGGCUAAAUUUGAUGGAGUACAUGUAGAUUCAAUACCAUACUCGUUUUAGACCACAAAGAAAGUAGUCUAAGUUUUGACUACUUAAUACAGUUUGUUUGAUUAAUAGUAAAUUUUUGACCAAGGGCGGUAUUCUGAAAGCUGUUCAUCUUGCUCCAUGUACAAACUAAGUACUUAAUAAUGAAAUGGUAUAAGAUGUGAUAGUUGCCAGGCGAUGCCAGCUUGGUGACUGGUUGAUAGCAAAAAGACUUGCAUAUGUGCCUAUUUUAUGUUUUGAAUGAGGAGUAUUUUUACUAAAUGAAACAAAAGUCUUGUUUAUAUGGAGCUACUUUUGUUGAGCUGCAAGGUAAUUUGUAGCCAAAGUCCCAUGGAGCUACAUAAGAAUCCUAAGUGAGGUCACUUUGUGGCUAGCAGUUCUCUGUUCCACCACAUUGGUCUUUGUACAAUAUACAUAUAUGUAUAUGGUAUCGCCUUUAUAGCAUGUAUAUUAUACCCAAGUAACUUUGUACUUUCUAUUUAUUCAUAGACGACCUAAGGUAGGUUACUGAUAGGUACAUUCCAAGAUGUGGACAGAGAUGCUUUUAUUUAUUGUUUUUGGAGUAUCAGUUUGUAAAUAAAAUUCUAGCAUUGACAUUGACUGUACAAAAGCAUGAUAUAUCCUUAGAAGGAAUUAUGAAAAAUUACAUUCUGAAUGGUGACAUUUAAAAAUACUUGCAACUGGAGUUAUGUUUUGUAGUAGAGUGGGAAUGAGAUAUUCCGUUUCCACACAUUGUUAUUUAUUCUGUAGUAAGGAAAAGAACUUUUAAAUAUAUUAUACAUGUACAAAACAAUUUAAAUUAUAUUUACUAAGUAUUUAUGACUUGUGGAGUAAUAUAUUUAUGAAAUCUUAUUUCAUGGAACUAUUUAAAUAUUGUUUUACUGAAUAUUGAAAUAUUUAUAUUGUUGUAUUUAUUAUUCAUAUAUAUAUAUAUAUUGAAUGAAGUAAACAUGAUUGGUUAUUGCUUUACAGUGCAUCUACAUGUAUGUGACUAGUCUGUUGUUAAAAAAUAGUUUUGCUAAAACAAAUACUAAAGUGAUUUUGCCAAGACUCGGGUAAAAGAACAAUCAGAAAAAAUUGGUACAUAAAUAAAUUUAUUUUAAAAAGAUUUUGAUAAUGUACAUGUAUUGUACAUAUAAUGGCUGACCUUUGUUCUUUAGAAAAAAAAGUUUGAAGC